UGGGAGCAUCAUAGCCUUUGCCCUCUCUCUCUCUCUCUCUCUAGAAUCACCGGACUGCCCCUGCCUUCUCUUAUCCUUGCACAGAUCUAUCGAAGUCAGUCAAUCUUACACUCCUCAGAAAUGCAGAACCUCAGAUUUGUUUUCCAGCUCUGAAUUUGAUGUGAAGCUGUUAAAUUUGGAAACGAAAAGGUGUGGCCUUUUUGGGAAAACUCUUAACAAUGGGAAUCCCAGAAACCCUAGAUGAGGAAGCUGUGGUUUCUAGUCCGAGUCAAGCUCAAAACCCAUUUGACAAAACCCAAGAAGAAGCUUUUGAUUUGACUAGUAAAAAUGAUGGGGGGUUUGAUUCCAAUAGUAGGGGCAUGGGAGUUAGCAAUGUGGAACUUCUGAGUCGGUUUAUUGAUAACAAAAAAGGAAUUGAAGUUGUUGAUUGUAAUACAGAAGAAAACAAGGGAAAAGGUUUGAAAAAUGUUGAUGUAUCAGUUCCGAAAGAGGGUUCGAUAGUUUUUGAGAAUGAGGAUGUUGUAGUUGAGAAAAGCGUCGUAGAGAGUUCUGGGAAUGGUAUUUCUCUUUUUGUUGAAGUGUUUGGUCCGCCUGAUGGAUUAUUAGAAUUAGAUAAACAAGUUGAUUUGAAUCACCUUUACGAAGAAAACAGGGCUUUGUUGUCUGGCAAUGGGGAAAAUUCAAGCGUUGAGGUUUCGGAUUUGCAUUGCUCUAUUCUUGGUGUGUCGCAAAAUGGCACCAUAGAUUGGGAAGCAAAAGCAGGGAAUGAAGCACAAGAAGAAUUUAAGCUAUCCAUGGGUGAUCUUGUAUGGGUUAAAACAAAAACUCAGUCGUGGUGGCCUGGACUGAUUGUCGAUCCUUUACAUGCACCGAAGGAUGCCGCAAACUCUGACCAGAGGGCAUCUCUCCUAGUUAAGUACUUUGGAAACGGUAGUUGUGUUUGGUGCUCCCCAUUGCAGCUGAAGCCUUUUGUCCAGAAUUUUGAACAGAUGUCGGCACAAGGCAAUUCUAUGAACUUCAAUGGUGCUGUAAAGAAGGCUGCGAACGAGUUUGGUAGUCGUGUAAAGUCACAGAUGACUUGUUCUUGUAUCCUGAGAGAACAAAAUCAAGCCACAUUCGAUGCUCUAUCGAAUGGUAAUGGUGGAAGUAAGGAUUUGGAGAUGUUAAACAAUUUGUGUCCCGUUGAGGAAUAUUCUGUGAAUCAGUUCAAACCUGAAAAUUUUGUUGCAUUUGUCAAAUUCCUUGCCUUGGAUAUUUCUAUGCCUGGAAUGCUCGAGUUUGAAGCUACCCGAAAUCGUUUGUACGCAUUCUAUCGUGCCCUAGGGCAUCGUCAAUUGUCUAUGCAUCAGCUGAGGGGAACUACCGAUGUGAAAGACAGUGCUGCUGAAGAUGAACUGAAGCAGUCAGGAGAUUCAAGCGAUAGAGUCUUGGAAAAGAAUAUGAAAGAUUUAGGUAAGGUUUCCGGAGUGGAGGUGGAUAUGGGGCUUGAGAAAUGCAGGAGGGAUUUUUCUGAAGAGGGGAACGAGAAUUCUGAAGCCAGAAAUAGAAGUGCUGAAGUUGCACAUAUAGAUAACUGCCAAUUCGCUUCUCCAGGUGAUGGAGGGAAUGGGGGAAAAUCCGGAAAAUCUUAUGAAUCAAGAGAAAGAAGGAGGAGCAGAUAUUUGUCGCCGCCGUAUACAGAUCUUAGUUUCGGAGGCAAAAACUCACCCGUUUCAGAAGAAAAUGGUACAGAAGGUGGGAAGGUAGAUAACAUCAUCGAUGGCCAGUCCGUGGGAUCCCCUUCACUUGUUUCUAGUGGCAAGAAGUUACUGAAGAAGAAGUCUAUGCAAGCAAUUUCUGGGCUCUCUUCCUCGAAUAUGCUCUCUGAACUUCGUUUUGCAGCUCUAGAUUGUCUACAUUCUCACAGAAGUAAACAUUUUGAUCAAUUUGAGAGAUUCUUUUCUGGAUUUAGAAGUUCUGUGUUUCAGGACAAGUCUAACGGUGAGAUAGACCGCAUUAUUCUCCAGACGGAACCCGGAGUUGAAGUUCCAACGGAUAAGGCAAGGGGAAUGGUAGAAGAGUCUACUGAAUCCGGGGUAAAGAAACCCUUUGCUGGCUCAACGGGUUCAGAUACACAGGUGUGGAGCGAAGCACAACCCAAUGUUAUUCCCAAAAGGAGGAGGAGAAAGAAGGAAAUGGUAACCAUUGAUCCACGUACUAUACCUGCUCCUGGCUUUUCAGAGGUGAAUGGAAAUCCUACGAGUGGCCCUUUCAUGAUAAAUUUCCAGACGAUAGGCUGUCUUACAUCAGAGGGUAUGUCGGUACCGAAGAAGGGAAGGAAAAGGGCCGGAAUAAAUGUAGAGCUUCACCAGGCCAAAGUGGCCGCUGUCUUGCCAGAUUUGAAUGGAAACUGUAGUACACCAAGUUCAUUGUUAGAAGAUUCAAUGACGACCAACGUCAUCAGUUUUGUCGACAAAUCUGAACCGACAACGAGAAAGAAGAUGGACGGAACUGCUUCGGCGAAGACUGAAGGUAUUACUGGUUUGGUAGAUGUAAACGGAAACAAUGCUCAAGUUGGCUCAUUCUUGAAAGAUGUGCAAGUGAUGGGUCCUUGUUCAACCCAGGAUAUUGCUGAGGUACAUAAAGAGGAGGGGAUGAAAGGAGCUUCCAGUUCAUUAAAUCCGAGUAGCAAGAGUGAAGUCACUGCUAAACAAAUGGAGCCUAAUGGGAACAAUGCUGACCAAAGUAGCUCAUUUCACAAAGACCUAAUGGACCUGCUCUCGCCAGUUGGUAAGCCUGGACCCAAAAAGAGGAAGAGAAAGGAGAAAGCAUCUGUGGAACCCAUACCAGAUUUGAAUGGAAACGCUGCUAAUCCCAUCUCACCGGGGGCCAACUUGCCAGCUGGCGAAGGUAAAGCCCCGCGCAAGAGGAGAAAGAAUAAACCCAUUGCUGGUUUUGUACCGCAAAUCAGUAUUAACUACAAUAAAGUGCAGACACUUGGGGAGGCGUCUGGAUUUGCUCUUCUGUUAAGAUUUGCGCAGGGAUUUCCAAUGCCUUCAAAGGAAGCACUGACUGCCACAUUUUGUGGGUUUGGACGAAUAAAGGAAUUGGAAACACAGGCGUUGAGUGAUUCCAUUAGUGCACAGGUGGUCUUUGAAAACAGCUCUGAUGCUGGAUAUGCAUUCAAGAGUUUAGAAAAGAGCAGCCCAUUUGGGCCAGCCCUUAUAAAUUAUGGGCUUCAUCAUCUUCCAGCUGCUUCUGGGGUUCCUGUGACAUCAAAGACUGUAGAGGGAUUCAAGAUGCCAGCAAGAAAGCCUUAUGGGUUAAAACCUAUCACGGGAGAGACGCCUGACCUUUCUGUAAUAAGGAAGAAUUUGGAGAUGAUGACUUCGAUGCUGGAGAAGGCGGGGGAUGAUCUUUCACCGGAGACAAGAGCUAAAUUGGAGACUGAAGUGAAAGGCCUGCUGAAGAAGGUUAGCACCAUGGUUGGUUCUUCUUCUUCUUAGUUCAACCAUGUAAACUAUGUAUCUUCAUCUAUUUUGGCUGCUCUAUUAGUCUGGUGCUUUUGGUAGGUUUUUGGGUUGCUUUUGACUCCUUGUUUUGUUUCUGGUAUUAGUUGCUCUCUCUCUCUCUCUCUCUCUCUCUCUCUCUCAUGUUAGAACUGAAAUCCUUUUUGGUUAGAAAGCAAUGAUUUGUAAAUUAAGGGAGCGACAUGUAUCAUUAUUGCUACUACCACUUGCAAUGAAGCCAAGAGCAAUCAGCCUGCUUCAUCAGCCUUUCAGAAA